GGGCGGGGCCUCCCUGGAAGCCAGUGCGCGGCCGCGGAGCUGGAGCGGGGCGUCGCUCCGCCCCCUGUUCGAGUCGGAGCCACCAUGGAGGAGUACCACCGCCACUGCGACGAGGUUGGCUUUAAUGCCGAUGAAGCUCACAAUAUUGUCAAAGAGUGUGUAGAUGGAGUUUUGGGAGGUGAGGACUAUAAUCAGAACAACAUCAAUCAGUGGACUGCAAGCAUAGUGGAACAAUCCUUGGCACACUUGGUUAAGUUGGGAAAAGCUUACAAAUACAUUGUGACCUGUGCGGUGGUCCAGAGGAGUGCGUAUGGCUUUCAUACCGCCAGCUCAUGCUUUUGGGAUACUACAUCUGAUGGAACCUGUACUGUAAGAUGGGAGAAUCGAACCAUGAACUGCAUUGUCAACGUUUUUGCAAUUGCAAUUGUCCUGUAACUGACUAACAAUGCUGGUCUAAAAAAGCCAUUAACUUAAAAAUUUGUCAGUGUAUCCUUUCUGGAGUGCGUAAUAGUUACCUGCAAAUAUGCUAGAUGACACGAUGUGCAAUAAGCUUCAGCUAUCAACAAAAACUGAAUAUUAAAAGCAAGCAAUCUCAUAGUAUGUUGGCAGAUUAUAUAUUCUAUACAGUAUAAUUUAGAUAGGGAAACUUGAAUGUUAGUAAAAUAAAUAAAUGCAGAAAUGCGGCAUGACAUGAGUAUCUAGUUUUACAUUUAUACCAGCUUUUCACUAACAUUACUAUGUAAGUAAAGAGAAGGAAAAAUCCACUCCCUGUAAAGGAUAUAAGGCAGUGUUCUUUGAUUUAGAGAGUCUAUCAGGGAUAAAUGUAAGCACAAACAAGCUGCAAAGAUAAAAGUGGGGAAAACAAUACCAAGUCACUAACACCUCUGAGUUUAUUUUAUUUAUUCCCCUUAAUUGCUCAGUGUUUAGUGAGAAGUAAUUCUCUUUUAUUUCUCUCAACUAAUACUACAUAACCAAAUAUGGUCAACCCGUUUAUUCUGAGAAUUGGUAAAUCAACUUUUUAUUAUUUCAAAUUAAACUAAGGACAAAGUAAUCUGUGAUUUAAAUUUCCUGGGUAAGCAAAAUUAGUUACCAUGUAGAAUGAGCAGUAUUAUGACUCAAGUAGCUCCAUUAUAAUUCAUUCAUUCGAUGAAGGACAAAAAUAUAUAGAAAGCCUAUUGUGAGCCAAUUUCUCAUGUAGGCAUUGCAAUUAUCAAGUGCUGUUCAAAUGCUAAGCUCAUUUUGGAAACUUAUGUGGGAGAACUAACAUCUUUAUUUUGAGGAAAUAAAAAGGUUUCUUAACAAAAGCAAAUGGUGAAUUUGGUUAUCUGUGUAGAAGUAGACAAAAUGAAAUGCACUUAGUGAUGAAAAAAUUAUAGAAAUAAUUUUAAGAGUUGCUUAUAGCAAGUUAAAAUGCAUAAAAUAAGCAACUCUUAGGUAAAGGCCUUAUUAAUAGUCUUAAAUAUACAAGUAGACCAUUUUAAUGCUUCAGUUGCAAUCUUCUGUAAAUAACACUAAAUGCAUAUGUGGGGUUCAAAUGAGUGGAAGAAAGUAUAAAUUAAAAGCAUACAAUCAUUAGCAGGUUACCUAUUAUCUCAGGUCUUAGGGAUUGUAAUUAAUUUUCUUAAUAAAAUUCAAGAGGGAAAAUUAGGGUACAUAGCUGGCAACCAAAUGUGAAGUUAAUCUGCUAUUUAACCUUGAAAACAAAAUCAAUUUGCUGUGUUACCAUUGCUAAACACAUACACAGAAAGGAAUCAUGAUUCUUUGAAUUUGGGAGAAAACGAAAAGCUUAAGAUUGGUGUUAAUAAUUAAAGCAGUGUUCUUGUAGGAGUAAAGUGUGCAUAUCUGGUAUUUUGCUGAAUAAUGGCAAUUGUUCAGCGAAGAAAAAGAUUUAGAAAAUGUAAGGAUAGGGUCUAAUGCAGUGAUCUAUGUUAUUUAGCUCAUAAAAAAAUUCUCAGUCAUUACCUUCAUGUUAUUUAUGCUGCUGGCUUUCGUGCCCUUUAAAAUUAUAAUAGUGACCAAAAUAUCUGUGCAGUUAAGGUUUGUUUUUAAUUAUUGUUGAAGCCUGUUUUUUUUUUUAAAUAAUGAAACCAGACUCUGAGCUUGCUAUUUGUUUAUAGUGAAAAUAUAAUAAAGAUUAUCUUCUUGCGCUGAA